UCUAAGCCUCUCCUUCUUGCCAAACCCAAUCAGGAAACGGCAACAGAGAAAAAUGGCUGUGACUAUAGACCCGGUGGAGCAGCCACGGAUGUACCAACAGACCCUGCUUCAAGAUGGACUUUGUGAUCUCUUGGAUAAUGAGAAGUUUGUGGACUGUGUCCUUAAAAUCAGGGAUAAAGAAUUUCCAUGCCAUCGUUUGGUUUUGGCAGCCAGCAGCCCAUUCUUCAAGGCUAUGUUUCUGUCUGAACUAGAAGAAAGGAAGAAAUGUGAAAUUGUUCUCAAGGAUGUGGAGCCUGGAAUUAUGGGGAUGAUUUUACGCUACUUGUAUACCUCUGACAUUAAUCUGACAGAGCAGAAUGUACAGGAUGUCUUCAUGGUUGCCAACAUGUACCAGAUCCCCUCUAUUUUCUCUGCAUGUGUAUCAUACCUGCAAGAUAAACUUGUACUUGGGAACUGCUUGGCUAUCUUCAGGCUGGGGAUGCUGUUGGACUGUCCCAGGCUUGCUUUGGCUGCUCAAGAGUUAAUUUGUGAACGUUACCAGGUUGUUGUCAGGGAUCACGAUUUUCUCCAGCUUGCCCCGAGUGAACUAGCCAUCAUUAUCACCUCAGAUGCCCUCAACGUGGAACAUGAGGAGACUGUGUUUGAAUCUCUGAUGGACUGGGUCAGCUAUGAUGAGAAAAAUCGUCUCCAGACCCUUCCAGAGCUGUUGCACUGUAUCCGUUUCAGACUGAUACCUUUGGAAUACUUCAAAGAGAAAGUAGAGCAUCACCAAUAUAUUCAAUUUAACCAGGAGAUCAAGAGGGAGUUGGAUCUUGUCAAGAAUGCACACAGAGGUCGUCUCCCAAAGCCCAUGAAACCCAGUAGUGAGGAUGCAAAGGGGGGAGAAGGCAGUGAGGACGAGGAAGGGUACUUGCCUGGAAUACUCAACAACAACCUUCGCUUUGGGAUGUUUGAGAUGGACCUGAUACUUAUGAUCAGUGACACGGGUACUGUGGCCUAUGACCCAGUAGCAAAUGAAUGCUUUGCAGUCUCAGAAUCUGCAGAAAUUCCCAAGAACCACUGCAGCCUUGUGACCAAGCAGAACCAAGUGUUUGUUAUUGGAGGACUUCUCUACAAUGAAGAAGACAAAGAUGAACCAUUCAGCUCAUAUUUCCUACAGUUUGACCCAGUAAGCUCAGAAUGGCUUGGGAUGCCCUCACAGCCAAACCCGCGAUGUCUGUUUGGGUUGAGUGAAGCAGAGAACUCCAUCUUUGUUGUUGGAGGAAGGGAACUGAAGGAAGGAGAGCACGCCUUGGACUCAGUCAUGAUCUACGAUAGACAGUCAUUCAAAUGGGGAGAAUCUGACCCUCUGCCUUACCAAGUAUAUGGCCAUGGAACUGUGUCACACAAUGGUCUUGUCUAUGUCAUUGGAGGAAAAUCUGAGAGCAAGAAGUGCAUGCGGAGAGUUUGUGUCUACAACCCCACUAAGUUUGAGUGGAAGGACCUGGCACCCAUGAAGAUAGCUCGGUCCCUGUUUGGUGUGACGAUCUACAAAGAUCAAAUCUUCGUGGUGACAGGUGUAACAGACAAUGGGCUCACCAGCACAGCCGAGGUCUAUGACAUCACCAGCAACACAUGGUCAGAGUUUACAGAGUUCCCCCAGGAGCGUAGCUCCCUCGGUCUGAUCACGAUGGGGGGUUUCCUGUAUGCUGUGGGGGGCUUCGCAAUGAUGCCCAGUGAAACCAGUGAGGAUCCUGUCCCAACAGAGAUGACUGACAUCUGGAGGUAUGAUGAGUCAGAGCAGUGCUGGAAUGGGAUUUUACGAGAGAUUGCCUAUGCAGAGGGAGCCACUGUUCUUCCUGUGCAUCUCAAUACUCUGCGUCUCACCAAGUUAUAACCAGCAAUUCCAAAAUUUAAAAGGUAUCAAAUUCAAUGGGUGUACUGUGCUAUCUUCAACAGCAUCUUCGGGUACAAAACAUUUAACAUAUUUUAAUUGUUCUCCAUAGCCAAAACAGAAUUUUUUCUAUUUUAAAUCAUGUAAUAAAGGCAUGCCAAAUCUAUUUUAUAUAAAGCUGAGUUUCAUUUACUACAUGAUUUAUUUCUUACAUGAUAAAUUGUUUGUAUUAGUUAAAGCAGAAAUAAAAAAAAUGUGUCAUUUUCAUCGAGUUGAUGAUCUUUCAGCUUUCAGACAUCAAAGACAUAGUGCAAAUGAUUUUAUUCACCUGAAAUUUGGUUCAGUAACAUCUUUACAGCUGAUUGUAUGUAUUGUACAGUAGGUAAUGGCAUUGAACAAAUAUGUACACAUUUACACAGCAACAAGUGAAGGUCACUUAUUUUGUAUAUAAGGACAAAAUGCAAAUUCACAAAGUGAAA